GGGUUUGCAUCCAGCGGGAAGGUUGCUUGGCUGAUGACCCAUCACAACAGCUUAGCUUCCCUCUGAGUGGGACAUGAGCAUCGAGGAAGUGGCGUCCUCAUUGCUAAGAGCAGAGGAGACUUUUUCUGCGUGUCUUGCACGGAUCAACACCGUGGUCCUCAAGCCCCUCUUGCAAUCAGGUUCCUUUGAGAAUAUAAAGGUCUUUCUCCUGUUAAAUGACCACUUCCAAGUUAUCUGGCACCUGACGGAGGAGAAUGAUAGGACAUUGAGGCAAAUAUACGGCGCGUCUGAAUCCGUCAGCCUCCCCGACGUCUAUCUCGUCUGGAAAGCGGACGCAUUUCUGAAUGCUUAUAUCCAGUACUUUUUUGCAUUUGCUACCUGCGUGGUGGUCCGGGGUUUUGAAGAUGUGGCCAGGAUUAAAAGCGAGGUCUGGAAGCUGUGCAGAUCCUCCCUGCAGGAAUUUCUUGCAGAUUUCUCUCGGGAUACCUCCAUGGCGGUAGCUCUCCACACGGUGUUGCAGAAGCCAUUCCAAGACCACCUUCAGCAAUAUUCCUUUGUCCUCUCCAGGCUGAAGAAAGCAGCUGGCCAGGGCUUAGAGAAAGAAAAGAUUGCUGAUGCUUCAGAAAAGUUUGCAAAGCUGCGUUCGUUCGCCAGCCAAGUCCUGGACGAAGCCUGCCUCACCGCGAGUUUGUGGAAAUCUCUGGGAUCGAAGUUCACGGACGUCCUUUGCACGCCCGAGAGACGGCUGCUGGAAGACAGCCAAAACCUCUCCAUCUUUGCCAGCAUAGGCCGAAUAGAUCGCAUCCUGCUCUUCAACGAUGCCCUAGUGCUGAUCCAGGGGAACAGUUUCCAGAGUUUUGAUCUGAAGCUUCUGUGGGUGGAUGCAACUUCCAGAGAAACCGGACAGCACACCCUCCGCAUUGUUGCUCCAGAAGAAGAAUUCUUCCUCUUGACCAAAGAACCAGAAUCACGAGCCGUGUGGCAAUGGAAGACAAAUCGAGCGGUGUGCCAGGCCUUGGUGGGGAAGACAGACCUCCCCUUGUGGGGGGACGCUGGCAAAGGCUUCGAGCCCCCGCUCUGCCGCUUCGCCACCUUCGCUUUCAAGGCCGAGGGGCGGUUCAAGAAUGCCACCUACCAGGGAGAGUGGUGCCUGGGGAAGCCGCACGGCAAGGGGACACUGACGUGGCCCAAUGGCCAGAACUACGUUGGAGAUUUCAAAGCAGGCUUGGAAAAUGGGUUCGGGAUCUGCUUGAUCCCCCAAGGAUCAAAAGACUGCUACGACUGCUACAAAUGCCACUGGCGGGAAGGCAGGAUGAACGGCUACGGGAUCUGCGAAUACGGCAAUGAGAUGGUCUACAAAGGGUAUUUCAAGGACAACAUGCGCCAAGGUUUUGGCGUCUUGGAUAGUCCUCCGGCUACUGGUCAUCCCUUUAAAUACACAGGACACUGGAAAAAGGACAAGAAAACUGGCUACGGCGUCUGGGAUGACAAGGAGAGAGGAGAAAGGUACAUCGGGAUGUGGGAAAGCGACCAGAGGCACGGGCCGGGCAUUGUGGUGAUGCAGUCCGGCGUCUGCUUUCGAAGGAUGUUCCACCUGGAUAAAAUGGUGGGAUCUGGGGUUCUCCUUCUAGAGGACAAUUCUGUCUUCGAGGGAAAUUUCACAAACAACUUGAGUUUUGUUGGAAAGGGGAAACUGACCUUUUCCAAUGGCUUCGUCCUGGAGGGUGUGUUCACCAACAAACCUAGACGGGGAUUACAGAUGCAAGGGAUUUUGAACUCUUCCGGAGAUCAGCUGCCUGUCACCAAGGUUGCCGUCCAGUUGGGUCAGGAAGACUUCCCGGUGGAGAGGAGAUGGGAAGACCUCUACGACCAGUUCCUGGGGUUCAUCCGGGCAGGAGGCCAAGGAGAGACGGAAGAAUUUUUCAUGGGUUUCCACGUGCAGACAAGUCGGGAGCUGCGCAAGUCUCAGGAACACCUUUUCUGCCACAGAGGAACUGAAGAAGCUUCCAAGGAAACGGACUUUCUUGAAGAACUUGUAACACGCCAGGAACCGGAAGCUCGACAACGGCAUUUGCGACAGUCCCUGGAGUCCUCUCUGCAUCCUUUAGGGAAAUUGCUGAAAGCUCUGACCUUGGUGUUUCAGUCCACCUACUCUGGCAUCGGUGCUAACAAGCAUCUGUUGAGCAUGGCCCAGGAAGAGGUCAAACACUACGCCAAGAAAAUUUGGGAAUUCUACCAGGGCCUGCUGCAACUUGCCUUCAAGGUCAAAGGACACACAUCCCCCCAAGAUACAGAACAGAGGGGCCCGGACGGGGGCUGCCUGAUGCUGCCUCUCAUCCUCCCGUCCUUCUAUCCGGAGCUCCUGAUGCUCUACAUGGUCUCCCACGAGCAGCAGGACCAAGUUUACUGCCAGGGGAUUGUCCAGCUCAGCUGCUUGUCCGACAUGAAGCUACUGGAAUACCUGGAUGUCCAGAAACACUUCUGGCCACUCAAGGAUCUCACGCUCACAAAUAACCAAAGGGAGUCCCUGGUGAAGGAUCAUUGCUUUCUCUCUGCUACUGAAUGUCUACAGAAGCUGAUCACUACCGUUGACCCCCAGGAAAAACUGGACAUUCUCCAAAGGACGUACGAGGAGAUCGAGAAAACAAUAAACCGACUCCUGGGGAAGGAAUAUAACCUGCCGAUGGACGACCUCCUCCCUCUGCUGGCGUACGUGGUCACUCGGGCCAGCAUCCAGCACUUGGGAGCGGAAAUCCAUCUGAUUAGAGAUUUGAUGGAUCCUACAAACGAAGGUGGCAGGCAUGAUUUCCUCCUCACAGCACUAGAGUCAUGCUACCAGCUUAUCCAGGAGCUAAAACUGCAUCAGAAUUGGUGAACGCUGUGUGACUCCCGAAACAUUACACACCAGAGUGAUCUGAGGUCAUCCACCGGUGGCAGUUUGAGAAUUUAUUCUGAUAACGCAAAAAGACUGGAGUGGACAUGGUUGCUGCUAUUGGUUGGGUUUUUUUUAAAAUUAAUAUUUGUCUUUCCUAUGGGAAGCAUGUUCAUUCUUUUAGCUGGCAGUUUCUCUGAAAUUGAGUCAAUGACCAGAGAUAGUUUGCAAUUGACCAAAAAUAGAUACAGACCGACAAGGGCUGAUGUGUCUUCCGUUGUCUGAUAAAUGCAGGAGAGCCAGUGUACCUUUCCCCAGAAAAGAUCUGCGUAAUUUUUCAGACCCAAGACAGCAAUCUGGGCUUAAUAGGAACAGAUCUUCAGCCUUAUUUUGGUCGAUGACGUGUUUGACCCAUCACACUUCCUUUUUAUUUCUCUCUUAAAUGACCAUCCAUUUCUUCCACUGUGUUUAUAAUUUCCCAGUGGUAGGACAAGACAAUAUCAUGGCUCACGACACAUAGCAAAUUACUUUGGGUUAUUAUAUUUGCGAGGUAACCAAUUAACCAAACAUGUUAAAAUCUGGAUUAAUCUGCUGCAGAUUAACCUGUCUUGAAAGGGUUCAACAGCUACCUGCUACAGCAAUGUAACCUAUACGCAUAAAAAAAGCUGUAUUUUGGGUUUCCUUGGCCCACUGUGAAUGAAACAUUACCCUCCUGCUAUUAUCCCACUGAAAUAAGGAGAUUCAAAAUAA